AUGAAAUACCUAGGCGUGCUGUUGGACAAUGCUAGGGGGUUCUCCCCCCACCUUGAAACGGUAUGUAACAAAGCGGAACGGUUCCUGGGCGCCAUACGGAGUCUACUGUCCAAUGUAAAUGGGCCAACGGAUGUUGUCAGAAGAUUAUACUACGGCAUCUGGGAGUCUGUGGUUCUGUAUGGCGCACCGAUAUGGGCCUCUUCCCUAGGAAGAGACAAGAACAAGAAGAUUGUAAAAGGGGCACAAAGGGCUGCGUUGAUCCGCACGUCUACUGCCUACCACACGGUGUCGCACGGGGCUUUGUGUAUGGUGAUAGGUUGGAGACCGUUUAAAGUCAUAAAAGGAGGCGAAAAAAUUACACCGCCGAAAUUAAUAAUCGCAACGUAA